ACAUGGUUGAAGCUAGAGGUUACUCCGUAAAGUGAUUUCAAAUCAGAGCAGUUGAGCUGAGCUGAGAUUUUGAACAAUUAAUAUAUACAGGGCCCGCCACAAGUUGUGCAAUAGAUUUGAUGAAAUACCAGCGGUUUCUUCUGGGGUUUCUCCUACCAACUUAAUCAUUUUGUAUCAUACUGAACAUGGGAAAGAAAAUGUCUUUCCUGGUCUUUGGUGACCAGUCAUUGGAUACGCAUACUUUCUUGACCGACUUUUGUCAACAUGGAAGACCAAGUGUGCUUUCGAGAUCAUUCCUUGAGCAGGCUGGCUCUGCUCUUAGGGAAGAAAUCGAUAGACUACCAAGCCUCCAGCGAAACAGAAUACCAGAGUUUACCACUAUACUCGAAUUGAAUAAGUUACAUCACGCUGGAAACAUCAGAAACCCUGCAGUAGAUAGCGCUCUUUUGUGCAUUACUCAAAUAUCCCAAUACAUUGAGUAAGUAUAAAUACCUUAUAUAAUGAGUUCCUUCUACUAACGCAGGUAAUUAGUCGUUACGAAAAAGAACAUGGAGAUUCGACUAGUCCCGGUGAAACUUGCCUCGUUGGUUUGUGCACCGGGCUUUUCGCUGCAGCCGCAAUCGCCUCUUCUCCAUCGAUAUCCCAACUGAUACCCAUCGCCAUUCAAGUGGUGUUGAUGGCGUUUCGAACAGGUGCACACGUUGCAGCUCUUGCCGACAGGCUUAACAACCAAUCAGAAUCACCAGAAAGCUGGACUCAUGUCGUUCCAGCUGCCCAGGAAAGCGAAGUCAACUCAAUACUUAACGACUUCCACAAAGAAAACGUGCGUUUACAUUUCUAAGUUUCGACGAUAUGUACUGACUCUUUACAGGCAACACCUCUAGUAAAUCAAGCAUACAUUAGUGCAAUAACUUCGAAAAGUAUUGCGAUAAGUGGGCCCCCUUCAACAUUAAGAGCACUUUUUGCAUCUGAGACUUUCCAGGCAAAACCGAUAUCUAUUCCUGUCCACGGCCCCUAUCAUGCUGCUCAUCUUCGUUCGAGUCUGAAUGUGGAGCAAAUAUUGCAUUUGAAGGAUGAAAAGGUCCGGGAAGUGCUUGGAAACCUGAAAACUAGAUUUCCAGUCAUGUCAUGCACGACUGGAACUUGGUAUACAGAGCAAGAGCCUGAAUUGUUGCUCCAGGCAGUUUUGCUCGAGAUGUUGACGGAGCCAAUAAUGUUUAGCAAGAUUCUUCAUGGUUGCGUACAGAAAGGCCGGGAAUUUCAAGGCCGAGAAUGCCUGAUUAUUCCAUUUGGUAAGAAGCAGCCUUCAGAAAAUCCAUCAGUUUGCUAAUUUUUGAGCAGGUCCUACUAGCACGGCCAAGGUUUUAGCAACAGCUCUAGAGUCUCAAACAGAGCUUGAUAUAACUUUGAGGUCACUACAAACCGGAAACCAACAGGCGGCGAAGCAACAAAAUUCGAUAGAAGUAUCUCCUGGGAAAUGCAAGCUUGCCAUUGUCGGAAUGGCUGGAAGAUUUCCAGAUGCUGCAAGUCAUGAAAAAUUAUGGGAGCUGCUCGAAAAUGGCUUGGAUGUCCAUAGAGUGGUACCGAAGGAUAGAUUUGAUGUUGCGACACAUUUCGACCCUACAAGCAAAAUCAAAAAUACAAGUCAUACUCCUUAUGGAUGCUGGAUUGAGAACCCUGGUCUUUUUGAUCCCAGAUUUUUCAACAUGUCUCCUCGAGAGGCAUACCAAACAUGUCCCAUGCAACGUCUCGGCCUUGCGACCGCAUACGAAGCCCUGGAAAUGGCUGGCUAUGUUCCCAACAGGACGCACUCUACAAAGCUUGAUCGAAUCGGUACAUUUUACGGGCAAACAAGUGACGACUGGCGUGAAAUAAACGCGGCACAAGAUGUGGACACGUACUACAUUACAGGAGGCGUAAGAGCCUUCGGGCCCGGUCGGAUCAACUAUCAUUUUGGGUUUUCAGGACCAUCUUUCAAUAUCGAUACAGCUUGUUCCUCUAGCGCCGCUGCACUCCAACUAGCCUGUACAUCUUUGUGGGCAGGAGAUUGUGACACGGCUGUUGUUGGCGGUCUCUCGUGCAUGACGAACCCGGAUAUUUUUUCAGGACUCAGUCGAGGGCAGUUCUUGUCAAAAAAUGGGCCAUGUGCUACUUUUGACCACGAUGCGGAUGGAUAUUGCAGAGCAGAUGGAAUCGGUACUGUCAUUAUUAAAAGGCUGGACUAUGCUUUAGCUGAGUAAGUUUCAUCUACGAAUUCUGCUUUAUAUGAUUCAGAACUAAUUUUUAUUUCCCUAUUUUUUUUAGCAAGGAUAAUGUUUUGGCUGUUAUCCUUGGAAGUGCUACCAACCACUCAGCAGACGCUGUUUCAAUUACCCACCCGCAUGGAGGAACACAAGAGGUUUUGUACAAGCGCAUUCUAGCCAAUGCGGGCGUUGAUCCCAAUGACAUCGACUAUGUGGAAAUGCAUGGCACCGGGACUCAGGCUGGAGAUGGGACGGAAAUGAAGUCUGUCACCAAUGUUUUUGCUUCGCCAGAUCGAAAGAGGAGACCAGAUCAACCGCUGUACCUUGGAGCUGUCAAAGCAAACGUUGGACACGGUGAGGCUGCAUCUGGUGUCACCGCUCUCAUUAAAUGCUUGAUGAUGCUGCAGAAGAACGUCAUACCCCCACAUGUUGGUAUCAAGAAGACGAUCAAUCAAGGAUUUCCUAAGGAUCUUGCGGAGCGCAAUGUACAUAUUGCCUUUAAGAAUACGCCACUUCCGAAAAGGAAGUCCGGAGCUCCACGACGCAUCUUUGUCAACAAUUUCAGCGCCGCUGGUGGAAACACUGGAUUGCUACUUGAGGAUGCACCUGAUCUACCUUCGAAAGUUGCCGACCCGCGCUCCACACAUGUCAUCGCUAUCACAGCCAAAUCGAAGUCAGCUAUGCUUAAUAACGCAGAACGUCUAAUAUCUUAUCUCGAACGAAAUAGAGAAAUAGAUAUUGCAGAUUUAGCAUACACCACAACUGCACGUAGGAUACAACAUAAAUGGAGAAUGACAGUGACCGCGAGCGAAACAUCUGAGGUCUCAACAGCGUUGAAAUCUAAGCUGCACGAACAAUUUAUUCCUGUCCUUCCAGAACCGCCAAAAGUUGCAUUUUUAUUCACAGGACAAGGCUCUCAGUAUGCAGCAAUGGGUCAUGAGUUGUUCGAAAAUUCAUCACUGUUCAGGGAAAGUGUUAUGGAAUUCGAUAAUAUUGCCACAAUUCUUGGUUUCCCAUCAUUUAUCUCCUUGAUCGACGGGAGUGUAACUGACGCCCUUGGCUUAUCACCUGUCAUAGUGCAACUUGCCAUUGUGUGCUUGGAAAUGGCAAUGGCUCGUCUAUGGGAAUCUUGGGGCGUCAAACCCUCCAUAGUAAUUGGUCAUAGUCUGGGCGAGUAUGCCGCUCUCAAUGCUGCAGGAAUAUUAUCUGCCAGUGACACCAUCUACUUGGUCGGGAGACGAGCUCAACUCUUGAUCGGAAGAUGUACCGCUGGAACUCAUGCAAUGCUUGCAGUUCAAGGAUCGAGAUCAGCUGUAACCGAAGCACUUGGGGAGAUUGGGACACCAGUAAACAUCGCUUGCAUUAACAGUACUCGAGAGACUGUCCUUAGUGGCGAGGCUGCUGAGAUCUCGAAAGUUUCCGAUCGACUGUGUAACUCUGGUUUCAAAUGCACGCAGUUGAAAGUUCCUUUCGCUUUUCACUCUGCUCAAGUAGAGCCUAUAUUAGAUCAAUUCGAGGUAUUGGCCAAAUCUGUACCCUUCGCGAGAGGCAAUGUACCCCUCAUCUCCUCCCUACUCGGUAGAUGCCUUACCGAAGCUGAGGAUAUCGAUGCCACAUAUCUCCGCAAUCAUGCUAGACAGCCCGUUAAUUUCUUAGAAGGCCUGGUUUCUGCUCAAAAUUCUGGCAUUAUAGAUGAAAAAACUGUCUGGCUUGAGGUAGGACCACAUCCAGUAUGUUUGGGGCUCGUGAAAGCAACAGUGGGUAGUUCUACUGUUGCUGCUCCAUCGCUACGCAGAAAUGAAAGUGCAUACAAAACUCUCAGCAACAGCCUUAGCGUCUUACACACCGCUGGUCUUGAAAUUGACUGGAAUGAGUAUCAUCGAGACUUCCACGACUCGGUCCGUCUUCUUGACUUGCCCACCUACGCUUUCGACGACAAGAAUUAUUGGAUUCAAUAUGAGGGAGACUGGUGUUUGACAAAAGGAAAUUUACCUGGAAAAGAGCCCCUUCAGUUGGAGCCUCCCAAACCUAAGCUCUCAACUUCCACAAUUCACAAUGUUGUCAGCGAAAAGAUUGAAGGAGACACUGCAAUUAUUACCGCCGAGUCUGAUCUGGCACGAGCAGAUCUUCGCGGGGUCGUCACUGGGCAUCUAGUCAAUGGAGCUAUGUUGUGUCCAUCAGUAAGUAAUUUAGUCUGGAUUGAGUUGGUCAAGCUAAUAAUCUCCUAGUCUUUAUACGCAGAUAUGGCCAUGACUUUAUGUGAGUAUGGCUACAAGCUUGUGCGACCUGAUGUCAAAAAUUUGGGCUUGGACGUUGGAAGAAUGAAGGUGCCUAAGCCAUUGAUAGCUGACCCUCAAGGGAAAUCUCAAGUACUUACACUUACUGCCACUAUAAAUGCUGCAACUGGCCGUGCUGAUCUCCUAUUCUCAACGGGAACUGACAAAGCUCGAGUUGAGCACGCAAACUGUCAAGUCUUCUUCGGUGACACCGAGGAGUAUCAUGCCGACUUCCAACGUACUGCUUAUCUCAUUCAGUCACGAGUUGAUUGGCUACAAGAGGCUGAACGAAAUGGUAAAGCUUCUAAAAUUGGUCGUGGUCUUGCCUACAAGCUUUUUGCUGCGUUGGUGGAUUACGAUCAGAAAUAUCGUGGUAUGGAGGAGGUUAUUCUUGACAGCAUGAAGAUGGAAGCUACGUCACGUGUCGUGUUUCAAACUACAGAAAAAGACGGAACUUUCAAAUGCAGCCCUUUUUGGAUCGACAGUGUGGCACAUAUUUCUGGAUUCAUCGUCAAUGGCUCAGAUGCUGUUGAUUCACGUGAAAAAGUCUAUAUAUCACAUGGCUGGGAUUCUUUGAAAUUUGCCGAGCCUCUGAGUGCCGAAAAGACCUACCGCUCCUACGUCAGGAUGCAACAGCGCAAGGAUAAGACUAUGGCUGGUGAUGUCUACGUUUUUGACGGGGAUACAAUUAUCGGCAUGGUCGGCGGAUUAGCUUUUCAAGCCAUUCCUAGAAAGGUUCUCAAUAUGUUCUUGCCCCCAGUAGGUGCAGCGGCUGCUGCAACCACUGCAAAGGCAGUUCCCGCGCCCCGAGCACCACAACCUUCUAAGGUUUCGAACUCAAAGGCUGCCAAGAAGACGCAAGUCACCAAAGCCAAUAUCACCAAGGUGAACCAAAAGCUCAUGUCCGUUACCUCCCAGGUUAUGGAUAUCCUCGCAGUAGAAGUUGGGGUCAAGAUUGAUGAACUUGUUGACAACAUUGCUUUCACUGAUCUAGGAGUCGACUCGCUUAUGGCCUUGACGGUGUGCGGAAGACUACGAGAAGAAUUGGAUAUCGAUAUUAACUCUAACGAAUUCAUCAACUAUGCCAACAUUGGAGCUUUCAAGUCAUUCUUAUCGCAAUUCGAAGGGAAGCCACCAGCUGCCUACAGUGAAGACCCAAGCUCGCCUCUCACUACACCUAGUCCUGGAGAAUCAGUACACGACCCGCAAGAAGACUCGGAGUUCACAGAUCCUUCGGACGACGAUGUUUCAGCGACCGGUGCUGUAGAUAAUCUUGGUGAUAUUAUAAGAAUUACAAUUGCGGAGGAGAUGGCGAUCGAUGUUCUAGAGGUUGCAAGCUGUCCUGACCUUGCUUCUCUUGGUAUGGACUCACUCAUGGCACUUACGGUGCUUGGCCGAUUGAGAGAGAAGACGGGACUCUCACUUCCAUCUGAUCUUUUCCAGGUCAACCUGACCAUCCGCGAUAUCGAAAAGGCGCUCAAUGUCGAAGCACCCUCCAAGCCAAAGCCGAAGCCGAAACCUAAGGCCCCAUCUGAGCAGCCAAAGCCUACCAAAACGUCAGCCCCUUCCGUCAAUAGCACUGUGCACGCUACACCUCAAAGAAUAGCAAAUUCAAUUUUACUUCAAGGGAAUUUGAGAAAAGCCAGCAAGUAUCUUUGGAUGGUGCCCGAUGGAGGGGGAUCCGCAACCUCUUAUAUUGAGAUCCCAACACUUUCGUCUGAUGUUGCUGUUUUUGGUUUAAACUCACCUUAUAUGAAGACACCUGAAGAAUUUACUUGUGGUGUACCCGGUAUGGCUUCACACUAUAUCAAUGAGAUGAAGCGUCGCCAACCAAAAGGUCCCUAUCUAUUAGCCGGAUGGAGUGCUGGUGGUGUUAUUGCUUAUGAAAUAGUCAGCCAGCUUACCAAGAACAACGAAGUUGUCGACAAACUUAUCCUACUCGACUCCCCAUGCCCUGAUAUCAUUGAACCUCUUCCGUCAUCACUUCACAAGUGGUUUGCUUCCAUUGGUCUUCUCGGGGAUGGCGAUCCAAGCAAAAUUCCGGAAUGGCUUCUUCCUCACUUUGCUGCUUCCGUGCAAGCUCUUUCAACUUAUAUGCCCGAGGCAAUAGAUCCAAAGAAGGUACCUCAAGUCAUGGCCAUCUGGUGCGAAGAUGGCGUUUGUAAACUACCAUCGGAUCCACGGCCGGAUCCUUUCCCGUAUGGCCAUGCUCAGUUUUUGUUAGACAAUAGGACGGAUUUUGGACCUAACAUCUGGGAUAAAUAUCUUGGCAACGAAAAGUUUGUGACCAGACAUAUGCCAGGAAAUCAUUUCUCCAUGAUGCAUGCACCUCAUGUAAGUAAAAUUCUACUAUUAAUCGCCGUGGCAAUAUACUAAUCACUUCAAUAGAUAAAACUUCUAGGAGAUUAUAUGAGGGAGGCUCUUAUGAUGUGAUAUGAUAGAUUUUUUUCUUUUGUCUUGUAUUAGAAUAUGGUGGUGCUUGUCUGGGUGGCUGUUUCUGUUUUUGGCAAUUUUCCUUUAUUUUUUAUGAAUAUCACUUUCGUUACUGCUAUCUACGUACACUAGCCAAAUAUACACAAUACAAUUACAUAUG